AUGACUACCUCAACAGUAGAAGUGACAACAACCAAUAAUAAUGGUGUUGUUACACCAUUAGAUGCAUUAAAUAUUGAGAUCAAGAAAAAAGAUGCCAUUUUACAAUGUUUCUAUGAUAUCGCUUCAAUGGAUAAUGAAACUCGUUUACAAUCAAUUACAACAUUAGUUCAAACAUUAGAAGAAAUUCAAUCAGUUUUUAAACCAGAAGAUCAUAAAGAUAUUUCAAGAAUUGUUCCAAAAAUUAUUGAAAAAUCUGAAAUUUUUAAUAAUAAUUUAUCACCAGAAUUAAAUUAUACAUUAAAGAGAUUAGUAAUUGGUUUAGCAAGUACAAGAGAUUCAGCACGUAUUGGUUUUUCAAUGGCAUUAUCAGAGAUAUUACAUAGUUUUAAACAAGUGAUUGAAUUACCAUGGUUUUUCGAUUUUCUUGCUUUUCAUAUGGAUUUAAGUGGAAAGAAUCUUUCAGAGAAGGAAUCUCAUUUUGGUCGUUUAUUCGGUAUGAUGUCAAUCAUUAGAUCAUCUCGUUUGGAAGGUUUACCAAUUAUUCAAAAUCAACCUUCAAAAUCUAUCAAUUACGAUUUCAAUCGUCCGCCAUCUGAAAAUAUGAUUGAAUGUAUAGUUGAACAAUUAUUAUACAUUUCAAAAAAGAGAUCAAUCUAUUCUGAAUUAUCUUUUGAAAUCUUAUCUUCCUUAUUCGAACAAUUAUCAGAUUCAAAUUUUGAUAAACUUUGGCCAUUCAUUAAACCAAUAAUUCCACAAUCUCAAGAUGAAUAUACACCAGAUUUAUUAUCAUUAUUAUUAUUAAUUUCUAAAAAAUUUAAAAAAUUCAAUUUAAUUAAACAAACUGUUGGUUGGAAACAUCCAAGUAUUUUAAAUAUUUCAAAUUUAAGUUUAUUAAAAAAUAUUUUUAGUGAAUCUUGUAAAUCUCAUCCAAGAAUUCAUAAAGUUUGGAGAAUUACAUUUGAAAUUUUAUUGGCUGAUCAUGAAGAAAAUGCAACAUUAUUAGAAUUUUGGAAAUUAAUAGUUGAAGAUAAUUUAUUUAAAACAACAUCAAUGAAUAAGAGAUAUUUAGGAUUACAAUUAUUUGAAAUGUUAUUACCAUUAGUACAUCCAGAUAUUAUUAAUGAUAUUUUUAGUGAAAAUGUUAUUGCAAAUUUAAGUGAAUCAUUAAAACCAACUAGUCCAUUACAUGAAGUUGGUUCAUUAGCAUUCCAAUCAAUUCCAAGAACAGCAGAGAUUUCAUCACAACAUCGUUUAGCAUUAAUUUUAUUCUUUUCAAAUAAUUCACAUCAUCAUAACCAAAAUCCACAAAAUCAACAACAACAAAAACAAAAAUUCGAACAAUCAAUUUCAGUCGAUGUAAUUAAUGAAUUAGUUAAAGAUUUAGAUGAAGAUUCAAUUAAAAUUUAUUUAAAUUCAUUAUAUAAAUUAUUUAUUAAUGUAGUUUCUUCAUCAUCAUCAUCAUCAAAUGAUAAUAGUAAUAAUAAUAGUAAUAAUGAAGAUGAAGAUGAUAUGGUAAUUGAUGAAAUGAAUAAUGAAGAGAAAUCAGAGAAAUAUAUUGAUUCAUCUAGACAUUGGAUUUUAAGUCAAAUCGGUCACAUUUCAAAAGAUUUAGUUAAACGUCCAACUGAAAGUUUAAUUAAAUUAGAGCCAAUGUUAUUAGAAUUAUUACAAUUCCUUUAUUUCCAUUCUUAUUAUUUAACAUGUGAAUCAAAACCAGUUGCUGCCGUUGCUACCGCCACUCCAGUUACUAAAGGUAAAAAGAAAGUUACUGCUGCUGUCGUUGCUGCUCCAGUUAAAACUUUUACAGAAGAAUUAUUCACAAGUAAACCAAAAUCAGAGAUUUCUCAAUCAAUUAGAGAUCAAUGUUUCAUUAGAUUUUGUUCAGUUUUAGAGGAACUUUCAUACCUUACUUUAGAAUCAACUAAACAACAAACUACAUCAUAUGAAGGUACAAUGAGUAAUGGUGAAUUCUGGGCUUCUAAAAUGGCAAGUUUCCAAUACGAUUUAUUAAAAAAAGGUUCAACCGAUUCAGAUAGACCACAAUUGUCAACCUUUUUACCAAUGGGUAUUAAACCAAUUGAUAGAAUUAUGAAAAUCGUUCAAUCAAUUCAAUUAAAACAAAAAUCUGCUGAAAAAAGAUUAAAUCAAUUGGUUGGCUUUGAAUUAUUAUUCGUUCAUGUUUCAUUACAUUAUCUUACUGAUGCACAAGAAAUCUCUGAAAUUAUUGAAGAUUUAACAUCUGCUUUUGAAGAAUUAACAAAUCCACAACCACCACAAAAAUCAACAACUAAAAAAAGAUCAGCACCAGAACAAGAUAAACCUCAACCAUUUAUGGUACUUUUAGAUGUUUUAAUCUCAUUAUUAGAUAAACCAAUUCAUAUCUUACGUACAAUUAUUAAACAAAUAUUUUCAAUCUUUGCUGAUAAUAUCUCUUUCCAAGUACUCGAACAUAUUCUUACAAUGAUUAAAGCACCAACUGAUGAAUUAUUUAAUGGUUUAGAUGGUAAUGGUGAUGAUGACGAAGAUAAUGAAGAUGAUGAUGAAUUUAAACCAAUUUCACCUGAAGAAUUAAAACAAUCAAAAGAAAAUUCAGACGAUGAAGAUGAAGAAGAUGAUGAAGAGGAGGAAGAAGAAGAGGAAGAAGAAGAAGAAGAAGAUUCUGAUGAUGAUAAUUCAGUUAAUCCAGAAUUAGUUGCAAGAUUAAAACAAACAAUGGGUAAACAUUUAUUAUUAGAUGAAGAUGAUGAAGAUGAAGAUUUACUUGAACCAACUGAAGAAGAAGCUAAAAUGAUGGAUAAUUAUUUGAAAGAAGUUUUUAAGAGUAAAAAAGAAAAGAAGAGUAAUUAUCAAGAUAUUAAAACUCAAACUAUUAAUUUGAAAUCACGUUUAAUCGAUUUAUUAGAAUCUUAUGUAAAGAAAUUCAUUACAAAUCCAAAUGAAUACAUCUUUAAGAUGAUUCCAUUAAUGAUUGAAGCAACCUCCUUUGAUGAACCAUCAAUCUCUAAUCGUUUCAUUAGUUUAUUUAAGAAUAAAUUCUCACAAAUUCGUACAACUACUGAUAAAUCUGUAAAUGUUCAAGAAUUGAAUCAAUUAUUAUCAUCCUUAUUCGAUACAAUUCUCUCUUCAAAACAUACUGGUUCUUCAAAAGAUAAAGAACAACAAAAUAAUAAUUCCUCUGCUUAUAUUUUAUCUGGUCAUGCAAUUUAUAUGAUUGUUAGAGUUUUAUUAUCAAUUAAACCACCAGUUGCCACUGUUGCUGUUCAACAAACUCCAUCAAAGAAAUCAACUAAAUCAACUAAAUCAACUACAAACAACAAUGUUGUUGUUGAACAACCAACACCUUCAGAAUAUGGUUCAUUAGAUAUUAAAUUAUUUUCAACUAAAUUAGAUUCAAUUAUUGAAUGUUUAUUAGAUCGUAAUAAUAUCGUACCAUCAAGAUUCUUUACAGAGUUUGCUCAAAGAUUCCCAACUGUAAUUUGGGCAUCAAUUAAAAAGGUUACAACUAUCAUUGAAUCACCUCAAAAUGAUUAUAAUUCAAAGAAGAUUUUAGAUGUUUUAUCAUCCAUUGUAAAGAGAAAAGAUUCUUAUGGUACAAGUGGUAAGAAUCUCUUAAAUAAUGCUUCCGAUAUUUUAACUACUCUUUGUAAUUCAUUAAAUGGUAAAGAAAAACAAUUGAAACCAAAUUCAAUUUUUGAUCAUUUAAAUAUUAUCAAUCAAAUUAUUUUCUCAUGUUUACAAAUUAUUAAAUCAUCAAAUAGUGGUGAUAGUACCAGUUUAUCAAAUAAAUUGGGUUCAGAAUCUUGUAAAUUAUUAGAAUCAACAUUAUGUCGUCUUUAUAAACUCAAUAAUAAACAAAAUAUUAAAGAUACCUCCAAAAAGAUUCUUUUAUCACUUGGUUUGGAAAAUAAUGAAAUCUUUGAAUCUGAAAAACAAAAGAAAUUAGAAAAACAACAAAAGAAAGAAACUCAACAAAAAGAGAGACAAUCAAAUAAAGAGAAAUCAAAACAGGAAAUCAUUGAAAGAAUUGAACAAUCAAAACAAGAUAGAAAAAAUAAAUCAACAGAUUCAAAAAUUGAUAAUAAAAAUAAAAGUAAACCAAAGAAAAAGGUUGAAGAUGAUAUGGAAGUUGUUGAUGAAAUUUUCCAAGAUGUUGAUGAAAAAUCAAAAAAAAAUAAAAAAGAUUCAGAUAAAAAAUCAAAUGAUAAUAAUAACAAAAAAGAUACAACUAAAAAAUCAACUGAUAAUAAAUCAACAGAUAAAAAAUCAACAGAUAAAAAAUCAACAGAUAAAAAAUCAACAGAUAAAAAGUCAACUGAUAAGAAAUCAACUGAAAAGAAAUCAACAAAAGAAGAUUCUCAACCAAUGAAAAAAAAACAAAAGAAAUAA